ACAGCUUGUGCAAUGCGUUUUCUGUUUUUAUUUGGGCUUGCAGAGAUAGUAGCUGCAGGACAAUUAUGUAUGAAUUGUAAGAAUGUGGUGAAUCCUCACGAAUGUGAUCAGGUCACCAAAUGUGGAGACCACGAGCAAUGCUACAUGCAACAAUACUUGAGACAUAAUACAAUAUGGUAUGAUUUAGGCUGCCAAAGCAACAUUGUUUGCCAAGCCAAUGCAAAUGGACCACCAGUCCCUAUAAUAGGAAAAAGGAACGUAAGAGGUCAAGACCUUGACCCUGAGACCCUUACAUUUGACCUUGACGGAGAGGAUGACGAUGGUCGAAUAACUCUUUGUGAAUCUUGUUGUAACACUGAUGUAUGCAAUAACGGUGGCGCAUGCGGAGUGGCUGAUUUUAACUAUUACAAUGGACGUCUCUGUUUUAAGUGUAGUCAGCAGUUGACCCCUGACAGCUGUGACCGGGUCACUCUGUGUUACCAGGACAGGUAUUGUUACAUACACAAGACGAAGCCAGCCGUCGGUUUUACAUAUGUCUGGGAAACUGGUUGUGCCCAGACAGCGCAGAAUUGCACGCCAGCAUAUGGAACAAUAUGCAGCAAUUGCUGUUCCGGCAAUUUGUGUAACAAGGAGUGUACGUUACAAACCUAUUUUUUGGCCGUUGCUGCACAGCCACCCAAAAUAAUCUCCACAGUAACAAGGCCACGACAUUAUAAGUAUGGAGACAACGUGCAAUUGAUUUGUACGAUAGAGAGCAAUCCAAAACAAGACGCUCUUGGAUGGAAUAUGAUGACUGACCCUUCACAAAUUCCCACAAACAUUCAACUUAGUUAUGGUACAAAUUAUGUGAUUGUUGAUAUAAACAAUUUCCAAAGUCAAAAUGUAGCUGGAUACCAAUGCUUUGUACACAAUGCUUUAGGACAAGAUACCCGCAACGUCACACUUAAUGCACCCCACUAAAUAGAGAUUAACGGGAUAAAAGAUGUUGUAAAUCUUCUCUGUUCGGAAUAAAGAAAUAUAUUAAGGGAAA